CGAGUGACGAACAAGUCAUGAGUCAACGAGUGUUUUGUGAUCACGGUUUUGAACAAUCAUUUCUCAAUCAGUGAGCUGUCGAGCUGAUGGUAGGUAGAUUGUUACCCUUGUUCUCAUUCUUUAUGCUAAACUAAGCUAACCGGCUGCUGGCAGUUAUUUAAUAUUUAUUGAACAAACAUGGAAAUGGUUUUGACUCGGCAAUAAAAGUGAACAAGAUUAUUUCCUAAUCCUAAAAUGUUUAACUACUCCUUUUAAAACAUCAAAACAAUGAUAUAUUUAAGUAUGUAGUUCAUUAUUGAUCUCAGAAAUUGUAGUUUGACAAAACAAUUCCAACUGGAGGUCCACUUACUAGCUCUCUCAAGAGCUUUAAACCGCAUCACAUCUCCUUCAUGAGUGGGGGGAGUUUGCGCAAUAGAUGGAUCUAUGGACAUACAAGCUUAUUAGCUGUUAAGAUUUCAUCAUAACAAUUUGUUCUCCUAGUAAAGACAGUGUGGCUGAAAGUUUUGAAAUCAGAAAUCUGAGGUAAAUAUUAUUCUCUAAUAAUAUUUACCAUCUUCUCAACAGGCCCCUGAAUACAGCAUACCUCCCUUUCCCCUCCCCACCCUCCAGCAUUAUUCUCUCCCCCCAGCUCCCUCCCUUUCCUGCCGGCCUCUCAGCAGAGGAUGUGUCUGGGAGAGAGUGUGUGUGAGGGAAAAGAGGAAAGCCGUCAGUAGAAUGGAUAUGUGCCCUCUCUCAACGCGUUCGUCUUCUCCUCUUCCUCCUCCUUCUUCUUUUCUGUCUCAUCUCUGCCUUUCUUCACCCUCCUCUGCCACCGUUGCACCCUGGGCACCUUCAGUGCCGUUCCUCUGGGAAAAGGACACUCGUCGGGUGGACGGACAGCUGAAAACUGAACUUCAAUGUCUGCAAGGGAUCAGAAGAAUGGAGGGGACAAACCAGAAGACAUGGUGCCAGUGGCUAAGGUGUGGCUAGAGGUGGAGAGGGCCGAGUGUUUGGCGCGUGGUGCUGCCCUAAAGUGGGCGUCAGGUGUCUUCUGUCGGCCUGAGCAUCUGGAGCGACUGAGCCAGUACAGGAAGAGAGAGAGUCAGAGGACUGCCUCCAUACACAUGAGACUCAAGUCCAUGGUGCAGUCGUACCUGGAGGGGGUUGGCUGGGGUCUGGAGCAGCUCCGGGAGGCCAGGGCUGAGCUGAAGGAGGUGUCGCAUGCUUUGAAGAAAGCAGGACAGGAGUCUGACCGAAACGCAGAGGGGGUGAAGUCUCUGGAGAGGCUGAGAGAAGUAUCUGUCAACCACUGUCAGCUCCUCGCUGCUGUCAGCAACCUGCCACGACUUUACUCUGUGCGUAGCAUGGUGUUGGAGACUGAGCGUCUGGUGGAGUCCCGGCGGCUCCUGGAGGCCCACGCCCGGCUGAUGGAUCUGGAGCGCUGGCAGGACGACAUCCUCUGGCAGCUCCACGGGGCUGCUGGGACGGCAGGAAGUGCACUCUGCACAGAAGACCAGGAGCUAGUGACCAAAUAUUUCUCUGGUGUCGGGCAGCUGGUGGACGCACUGGGUAAGGAGCUGUGGGCGGUGGUGAGCAGUGCUCUGGCUCUGGCCCGACAAAACCCCACACCAUUUGUAUCAGCGGUGAGGAUCGUGGAGCGGGAGGAGGCUCUGGACCGAGCUUUACUGGAGGAGAGAGGGGGCAGCAGAGGCAACUCCAGGCCCCUGCCUCCAGGACGACCUCGCUGCUGGAGAGCAUGCUUCUUCCAGGUACUAGUGGAGGCAGUUUCUGCACGGUUUCGCAGUGUUUCCUACCUACACACUCGAGGUCCAGGUCUAGCAGGACACCUCUCUGCUCUUCAACACGGUAUCAUGGCUGACCUGGCCACUGUACGCCACCUGCUGGAGCACUGCGUUCCGCCACACUACCGGCUAACAGGAGCCUACCUGAGAGCCAGCCACCGCUGUUUACAUGCUCACCUGGCACAGGUCAGCAGCUGGGACCUGGAGAGUGGGGAAAUCUUUGCUGUGCUCAACUGGGUGCUACACAUCUACAACAGCCCAGACAUGAUGGGUCAUCCAGAGCUGGUGACCGAGAUGGACAAAGUUGAACUAGGACCUCUCAUCUCCACCGAGGGACUGGAGCAGCUGCAGAACAAAUAUGUGCAGAGUGUUCGGAAGAGUGUGUCAGAGUGGAUGCACAAAGCCCUGCAGGUGGAGUUGCAAGACUGGCAGAGAGACCAGGAGCCAGAUACAGACCAUGAAGGUUUCUACCAAACCAGUCUGCCCACUAUCAUCACACAGAUGCUGGAGGAGAAUGCCCGGGUGGCUCUGAUGAUCGGAAAGUCCCUUCGAGAUCAGACGAUACAGAUGGGACUGUAUGAGAUGGAGAACCUCCUAAACAGGUUUCGAGAAGCUCUGGUGGAGUUUGGGAAGGAGCAUCGCAGGGAUCCAAGCAACAACAAAAACAAGUUCUACCUCCACUAUCUUCUGGCCUCCAUCAGCAACUGCAUCAUCCUCAAAAAGUCCACAGUGAGCCUGCAGCAGCAGCAGUCGUCCAGGUGGGUGGGACAGUUCUCUCGGACUCCUCCCAACCCUUUGGCAGCUCUGGACCGGGCGGUGAGACGGGCGUGUCGCCUGGUGAUGGAUCAGCUCCAGCUGGACCUUCAGUCUCUCCUGCCAGGCCUGUUGACCCGACCAUGGCUGGUCCAGGGAGACCCCACCCCCAAACUCUGCUGCAUCCUGGAGCAUCACCUGGAGCUGUACGGCCGUGUUCGCCCACCCUGUAGACAGCGUCUGCAGGAGGAGGCCCAGUGGCUGAUGGUGGUGGAGUACGUCAGGGCUCUGAUGCAGAAGAAGCUGAUUUGUCGCAGCACUGAGGAGAGGAGGCAGCUCGCCCAUCAGAUGGUCCAGGACGACCAGCAGUUUAGAGAAAUCCUCCACGGCCUGGAAGGUGAGGGGUCAGUACCUGAAGUGAAUCCUCUGGCCUUACUCCCCGUCCUGGCUGACUUCAUCCGACUGAAAGACCCCGGCAUGCUCACUCUGGAAGUUUCUGGACUCGCAGCCAAGUAUCCUGACAUCAGUGAAGAGCAUGUUUCUGUCCUGCUGGACAUCCGUGGCGAUGUUUCCAGGGACAUCAGAGGGGCUGUACUGGACUUGCUGGAGCAGAGCGCCCCCCCUCUGCCUGCAGGAUAUCGGCCCAUCUUUACUGACAUCCUGGUGCCUCCCUCCAUCAUGGCCUUCUGUCUGCCCACUGCCAAGUGUGCAUGACAAGGAUUGAAAGUGCAGCCUGAAUAGACUUCCACAUUAAUAUCAGUGUGGAUCCAUCGUUACAUUAAAGUAUGCAGGACCAAACAGCCAAAUACUGUUGAAUCUGUCACUGCUGAGUUUUAACUAAUGUUGAUGGAUGGCUGGCCCCAUGUUCAAGUCUGCCACUUGUAAUUUAUCACAGGAGCAUCAACUGAGUUCCUUGAGUUGCUGCACACCCAGUGUUACACACAUCAUUCAUACUGGGAGCCGCCCAGCGCCAACAUCUUCUUUUAAUGCCCACUGAAGUAGCUUGAGGGUUCAGGGCCUUACUCAAGGGCUCCUUAACAAUGUGUGUUGAGUGAGGGGAGAGUGACACAUUUUUAUUUCCUUCACCUACAAUUUGCCAAGGAUUUGAGCUGAUGACUUCCUGGUUCUGGUCUAACUUGAGUUGAAGCUGAUUUGUCUGCUACAAUUCUGAAUCUAUGAGCCACUAUAGCUUCAAAUUGGUUUUAGGGUAAAACAAUAUCUUCUUCUCUGUUGCAACUUGUUCUCAUGUGUCUCAGCGAUUUAUGCUACUGAUUAAAUUGAACUUUGACAUUUAAGUAGCGCAAAUGUUUGGAAACAGUUUCUUUAUCCCUAAGAAAUCCUGUAACAUGACGUCAGUAAACUGCACACAGCGCUCUCUGUGUGCCAACUUGACCACUGCAUGAUGCUGUCAAAUGGCAGAUGCAACUUUAAAGGAUCAAUUCACUGUAUACAGAUUGUAUUGACAAUACAUUUUAGAGGCAGAUACCUAAAAACGCAUGGCUACAUAUUACUGCUGAAAGUUAGUUUUUUAUGGGACUCGGGUGAAGUAACAUCCAUCACAGAACACAAUAGCACCUAUUGGAGAUAAUCAAGCAGAAACUUGUGACACCUUUCUGAAUCCUCCUGACCAAUAAUUGACGACCACAGAAGAGCAAAAUCAGCAGUCUGAGAUAUUCAAGGUUUACUUGUAUAUUCUCUUUCUGAAUGAAUUCAACUGUUCCUGCUGAAGAGACAGACUAUUGGAUUUUGAAUUGACAAAUCAAUCAAUCACAAAUAUGUGCAUAUGAUGCAAUGCUUAUUUCACACAGCUUAGGAGUCAAUGGUUUGAAAUCAAAUCAAAAUAAAACUUACAUUUCUGGUGUACUCGGUGAAAAGCCAAACAAUGGUCACUACAUGGUAAACUGAAAAGCAUCUGAAUGGUAACAGAUGAAAAAGCUAUAUCAGUUUUAGGGCUGUCAGGAUGUGAAGAGUGUUUAAUCAAAGCAUCAUCACAUUACAGUCUGGACUUAAGGAUAAACAUUGUUUUCAGUGAAGGUUAGGGUUCCUGGACCGUGAACUAAUCUUACCUGGGGAACUUGGGGGGCUAAUACAAUACAAUACUUAAUCACCUUUAAAAUCUAUUUUUCAUGAAAUUGUCAUGUAUUUGUUAUUUUCUCCAAUGUUAUCUUGUAUUUAUGUUCAUAUUGUUUUUUUUAAAUCAGAUUUUGUAAUGUAUUUAUUGUAUUUAUGUUUUAUCUUUCAGCCAUUUUCUUUUGAAAAGUGUUUCCUGUAAUUUCAAAGGGUACAGUGCCCUCCAGAAUUAUUGGCAUCCCUCUAGUAAAAAUGAGCAAAACAGGCUGUAAAAUGUAUUUUAUUGUUUAUCUUCUUGGCCUUUCAUUCAAAAUAUUCACAGAAA